AUGAGUAACAAAGAAAAAGUCUGCUUCCCUUCGGAGAAUAAACAAGGAGCUUUGUCGGGGGUGUUGACGGGAGACACUAGCAAAUCAAGCAUGGGGCUCGUGGUUCUACAGGAGUGGUGGGGCAUGAAUCAGGUGAUCAUAGACGAAGCUGCGGAUAUUUCUGGAAGGGGCAACUUUGUUACCCUUGUUCCCGACUUGUACCGGGGAAAAAUAGCGACGGAUCACGAAACCGCGGGCCACUACAUGUCUGAUUUGGAUUGGCCAGGCGCAGUGCAAGAUAUCGCUGGGGCUGCGAAAUAUUUGAAGGAGAAAGGUUGGUCCAAUAUAUAAACUCCUUAAUAGUUAAUCGGGGUCACGCAAUUCGAGGGAGAGUAUAGUAUACGUAGGUGUUGCAACUUUGGGCUGGUCCGGAACGCUGCAAAAUCCUGAAAAUGACCCCUUUUUUGUUAAGAUAACUCCAAGCUUUGUUUUGAAACUGCAGUGGUUCAAAAUGGAUAUUUUCCCUACCCAGGGAGUGGGAGGGUGUGUUUAGGAUUAGUAUUCGCCGACAGAAUGUUCAAUAAUGAGAAAAUCCUUAAAUAAGAAUGACCGAGCAGGCCCAUAGGGAGGUUUUUUACGGGGUAGGUGCAAUCCAACUAGGAGACAUACCAAAUAAGGCUGGUGGGGCAUAUCUCUUAAGGGGGGAAGCUUUAGUUGUCUGAGACAAAAUUUCCCAGGAACUUUGCAACUGGGGGGGGGGGCUCACCUGGAACACGUUAGUGUGAGUCCAGGGACAUGCUCCUGUGAAAACUUUUUGAAUUUUAAAAGCCCCCUGAAAUGGCUGAAAAUGCAAUUAAAACUAAGAUGGUGUGGUGAAACUUAUAUACUUUCAACAAGAAAGAAUGUCGACCUAAAAAAACUUUUCUCCACAAAGAGUCACACGGUGCAGCUUUAAUAGGAGUUUUAAUAUCCUCCAAGCAACAUAGAGAACUGGGUUCAGCAUGUCAAAGCUGACGGGAGUUCUCAUACUUGCCAUGCAACUGGUAAAAAAACAAUUCAGAUCCAACCUGACUUUGCAGAAAAGCAUGGCAAACAAACACGAAAAGGAUUUUUAAUGAGCAAUGAAAAAGUGUCUUGUAGGCACACCAAAUCCCCUUUUUAUACUUAACGAAGGCUAAAACUUUUUUUUUUGGAAAAAGUGAGUCAGGCUUGUGACUUCUUUAACAGCAUUUUCAAUUUCACUACACUAUACUCCUACUUCACUUUUUUUAAGUCACUGAUCAAUAAAAAAGUGGACCUCUGGCGCCUAUGGGGGGGUGUGAGGGCAUGGUUCACACCCACCUCCCUACGGGCCUGCCAAGACCAGGUUUUCUUGAGUCUGCGAGACUGAGCACCAGACCCAAACCCUUGUUUUCACUAAAACCACUGGACACCACAACCUGGUUGAAGUCAUUGUUAUCUAAGGUCUUCCUAAUAAUGAAUACAGUCCUCUCUCACUGGUUACCAGCAUGAUGGGUGUUUUACUAGGAGGGGGGGGGGGUGACUGCUUAUUACCUGUGAGGGAGGCACACCAUUUUUAGAAAACUUGGAUUUUCAAACCCAACCCCCCAAUUCAUCCUAGCUAUUUAGAAAUGACCCCCCAUAAAUUUUAACUAUGGUGAAAGGAAUAUUCUAGCUACAAAUUGUGUAAAGUGCAUGCCCUCUCUCGUCUAAAAAAACGUAAACAAAUAACACCUGUUCUGUAGGCUACAAAUCGUGCCAAGAGUUCACCACAUGCUUUAUCUACAGUUGUGUUUAUAAGACCAGUGUUUGCUAUUUACAGAUGUUACAUUCAAUUUCAAUUCAUGCUUGUUACUGCUCUGUACUACUUUCAUGAAAAAUGACCCCCCAGGUAAUUCUUCCUAAUCUGAAAAUGAACCCUCAGCAAAAUGGCCAGCCCUGGCCCUGGUCCAGGCCCCCAUCUCAGGUAAUAAACAACCAGCCCAUAGAGACCUUUGGGAAGUUUGCCUGAUUUGUAAAACUAAUUAUUUUUUUGAGCACUAGCCCAUCUGAUCCUCCUUUUCAAUCUAUAUACAGCAGUCAAUGGACACCUGUAAUUUAUCAACUCAGUUGAAAAAACCCAAAAGUUUUGUAUCUCAGUCCUCCACUGAUGCACCCUGCGAUCAGAACCUGCUUUUGUCUUCUUGUUGGUUGAGAAGAGAAAAGGAGGCUGAUCUGGCUGAAUGGUGUAAAGCUUCUGAAUUUGCCACAGCCUCAAUUUCUGGAUAAGUCAAUCUUGCCUUCUGUCAUCAAACUGGUUUUUCAAAUGCAAGCAUCCAUUUUUAUUGAUAGUCUGAUGGUCUUAACUAAACCCACUGUGCCAAGGGCACAGCUAUUAGGAUUGGGUUCCAAACUGUAUCCUUAUGGCAAUAAGUAACCUAUAUGCUCAACAAAGAUCCUACUCAAUUAAUGCAGUCUUUGUUAGGUAUGCCAAAAUCGAAAUAUCGUCGUGAGCAAGUGAAAGAAAGGCUCUGCCAGCAGGUUGCCACUGAUGCAGCCCCAUACUUAGUGUAAGGCUAUGUUCUAACUAUACCUGUUAGCUUUUCAUGGCGCCGCGUAUAGCUAACCCCCGGCAGUGUAGUCAGUGUGUGAACACCUAACUGAUAUGUGAUUCUCUGCUCUAGAGAUCAGACUGGGGUAGCCUUGCUCCAUCUCAGACUUAUCACACCACCACAACAAUUUUUGUGAGCGUGUGAACAGAAGCCCUACCCAGUAUGAUAUUUGUGGCAGCACAAAGGCUAGCGGUAUAAUGUGAACAUAUCCUAUGUUUAGAAACUAAACCUGCAAUUAUUUGUUAUUUUGUCAGGUUGUAAGAAAGUGGGUGUGACUGGCUUCUGUAUGGGUGGGGCCCUUGCUUUAGCAGCUGCCGCACUACUUCCUGAAGAGAUUUCAGCUGCCGCCCCAUUCUAUGGCAUUCCCAGUUCUGACCUCUGUGAUGUGGGCAAGAUCAAAGCACCAGUGCAAGCCCACUUUGGUAGUAAAGAUACACUAGAAGGGUUCUCUUCACCGAAAGAUGCUAAGGCCCUUGCAGAGAAGUUUGAUGCCGCUGGAGUGAGUUAUGAGUUACACAUGUAUGAUACUGGCCAUGCCUUCACUAAUCCUACUAAUCCUAAUUACACUAAGGAAAUUUGUGAUUUGGCAUUAGGAAGGAUGGUAGACUUUAUGAAGAAACAUUUACAAUGA